UUUGAUUACGACUGUAAAAGUGUUCUGUGAAUUGGAGAAUCAAAAUUUAUACUUUUGGAAAGAAUAUUUCAUAUAAAAUUUAUUUGAGACGAGCGUGUUGCACCGUAUUACACAGCAGUUAAUUACAAGAUUACAAUACUAUAUUUUUAGUGAAUAUUGUGUGACUGUGAUUGUUUUGUUGGAUGGAAUGUUGAUUCUUAUCAACAAACAUUUUCAGAUAUAUAGACAGAAAGGGUCAAAAACACAAAACUACAGCACUCUAUAUCAAUUCAUUAUAACUUGCUACAAAACUCAUGUGUUUUAAUUAAUAAUGAAAGAAAAGCUUAAGAUUUUGUGAGCUGAAGGAAACUAACUAUAUUUAAUUUGUAGCCCUUAGUAUAUGCUUAAAACCUGUGUCUACCAAAUCUUUUAAGAUGAAACGCGCUUACAUCUACAGAAAUAAAUCAGAAGUUGAAGGCAAAGUGGUUAUUGUAGAAAAUUCCAUUGAACACUUCAGAGCAAUCAUAUCAUCAAAAUUUGAAAUUCCUGAAGAUAAUUUGAAAUUUUAUUCUCUGAAUGGUUGUGAGAUAAUUGAUAUACGGGCUAUACGAGACAAUGAGAAGGUGUAUUUGUCCUUAGAAUCAAAUAAGCCAAUGAGAGAUGAGAUUAUUUCUGAACACAAUGAAAGAGAUGUAUCUGACUGGAUUAGCUUGAAUGUUGGUGGUAAGCAUUUUAUGACAUCCCGGUCUACACUUCUUAAGGAACCGCUAUCAAUGCUAGCUAGGAUGUUUGCUGACGAAAAUAAUUUAUAUUUGAUGAACCCAAGUGUAAAAGAUGGAAGUGGUGCAUAUUUAAUUGACAGAAGCCCUGAGUAUUUUGAACCAAUAUUAAACUAUUUGAGACAUGGGCAGGUAAUAUUAGAUGGAAAUGUGAAUCCUAAUGGUGUGCUGGAAGAAGCCAAAUUUUAUGGCCUUGAUUCAAUUAUACCUCAGCUAAAUAAAUUGAUUGAAGAGUCAACCAAUCAACAGGGAAAAUACCAAUCACUUACAAGAAUGGAUGUUGUUCGGCUAAUCAUGAUAACCCCUACAACAUCCGAGCUUAGAUUUCAAGGUGUCAACUUAUCCGGAGCUGAUUUGAGUAGACUGGAUCUAAGGCAUAUUAAUUUUAAAUAUGCAUGUUUGUCGAAGUGUAAUCUGAGUGGGGCAAACUUGUCUCAUUGCUGCUUGGAAAGAGCUGACUUAUCCCAUGCUAAUCUGGAAGGUGCUCAUUUAUUGGGUGUUAAAGCACUUUGUGCCAACAUGGAAGGUGCUAAUUUGAAGGGUUGUAACAUGGAAGAUCCAGUGGGUUCGAGGGCUGUGAUGGAAAGUGUAAAUUUAAAAGGUGCUAACUUGGAAGGCAGCAAUAUGGCGGGCGUCAUUCUUCGAGUAGCUACACUGAAGAAUGCCAAUCUACAGAACUGUGACUUGAGAGCUGCCGUUUUAGCUGGAGCUGAUUUAGAGAGCUGCGAUUUAUCGGGAAGCGAUCUUCACGAGGCUAACUUACGCGGCGCAAACCUGAAAGAUGCCGCCUUCGAACUUAUGCUAACACCCUUGCAUAUGUCGCAAACCAUACGAUAAUAUUACUGCGAUAAAUAAAUUAAUUCUAUAAGAGAACCUCUACUACAUCUCCGUCGAUUUAUGACAUGAGACAUUCUACAUGUACUUAGUGUCAGAGGGAUUUUUUUGUGACAGUAAGGGAUGAGACGAGAGACAGUCAUUGAUACGCCCUGCCCAUUAUAAUGCAGUGGCGCUCAGGAUUCUUGAGUGACACAAAACUUCUGAGUGACACUACAGUUGCGCUCGUCACCUAGAGACAUAAGAUGUUAAGUCUAAUUUUCCUAGUAAUUUCACUACCUGCGGCGGACUGAAACAGUAAUGCUUACACAUUACUAUUAAAUAGGCACCAUUGUGGUACCCAUAAUCUAGCCGGCAUCCUGAGCAAAGAAGCCUCCCAGUGGUACUUCGCGAUGUCUUGAUAUCAUUAAAGGCUUUGUCAAACAGACAUAAUAGCUUUAAGGUAUUGUUCAAACAUAAAUGCGAACCGAACCAAGCUGAAAGCGUGGACAACACGAACCGAAGCGGAGACGUCAAGCUACAAUGAAACCGUCUCGUCUCGCAUUCGUUCUCUGUUUGACGUAGUGCAUUCAAAGCCAGCUAAUACAACUAUAUCGCUCACGCCUCGCUUCGGGCGCUCUCGUUUAAAUUGUAACGAGUAAAGUGAAGUGAAGAGCGGAGGAGGAGAGGAGAGGGGUAUAUAAAUGUCUUGCUCGUGAUUAAAUUAAUUAUUUUGCAGUGUUAAAGUGUUGUAAAAUAAUUACGAGACUAUAUUUGUGAACGUUAAAAGUUAUAAUAAUUGUAAAAUCUGAAAUAUAGUGUAAAAUUUGUGAUGGAAAA